AUGUAAAAAAUUGAUAGUUUAGAACCCACUUAAGCUAUUGCCACUCAUUUUCUUGAUAUUUCUAAUAUUGAAUAAUUAGUUUAAUACUUAGAGAAAUUGCAUAAAUCACCAAAAGUAGAAAAACAUCAUACAGCUUUAUUAUUAAAUUGCUACAUUAAAUUAAAACAAUUUGACAAUUUUAUAGACAAAAUAGAAAAAUUUGGAUUUGAAAGUGAAUUAUUUGAUAUAGAAACUGCUAUUAAAGAGUGUCGAUCUUCCAAUUAUGUUGAUAUUGCUCUAAAAAUGGCAUAUAAAAAAUCUAUUUACACUGCUUGUUUAUAAAUUUAUAUAUAUGACAAAUUAGAAUGUGGAGCUGCUUUAGAAUAUAUUAGAGAUAUAAUAAAUUUAGAGGAAAAAGUAAUUGAGAUCUUUUCAUAAAUAAUAGGCUAAUUAUCUAAAAGAAUUCGGUCUUGAAUUAAUGAAAAGUGAACCUUAAUUUACUUUAGAAGUGAUUGAAAAUUUAGUCUUGCUAAUCAAUAUUACACAAAACUUAAAAAAGUAAUUUGAUUCUAGAAAAGGUAUUGAUUCAUUAGAUCGUUUAACUGCAGAGUAAUAAAAAGUGUGGAAAUACUUCAAUUUAAGUAAUGAUUAAUUAUCAAAUGUAUUCUCAAUAACAUUUUCUAAAGCAGAUGAGUUUUUGCAUAUUUUUGCAGGAUAUAAUAGUUAUUUAGAAAGAUAUCUAAGAUUUCUUAUAGAAGAAUGCAAGAAUUUGCCUAAUGAAAUGGCUAUAUUUCAUAGAUAUUUUAGUUAUCAUUUGGAGAGACUGGAAAGAAAAGAAGAAGUUUAGGAGAGUGAAAAAAGAAUAAUGAGUUUAUUAUAAGAUGAUAAGUAUGAAUAAAAAUAUGAUAAAAAUCAUUUAUUGGUAUAGUUUAAGAUUUACAAAUUUACAGAGGGAAUAAUUUGUUUAUUAAAGAAACUACAAAUGAGAGAGGAAUUAUUGAAUUUUUAUAUAACAAAGAAAGAUAAUGAUGAAAUAUUAAAGUUAUGCACUGAAUAUGGUGAGUAAGAGUAAAAUUUAUGGGUAUUAGCUUUGAAAUAUUUUGCUAGACCUGAAAAUAAGGCUACUCAAUAUAUUCCAAGUAUAUUGUAGGAAUUGAAUAAAUUGGAGUCUAUAUCUUCUUUUUUGAUUUUAGAUAUCAUGAAAGAGAAUAGUAAUGUUAGAUUUGGUUAGAUGAGAGAUUUUUUAAAGUAAUAAUUAGAAAGAGAUUAUUCAGAAAUAAAGGAUAAUUAAAAUGUUAUAAAAGAGAAUAUGUAAUCAACAAAUGAAUUAAGAACAGAAUUUUAAUAGAUAAAAACAUAAGCUUAAGUUUUUUAAUUUGGAAAGUGUACAGCAUGUGAUAAUGCUUUGGUUAAUCCAUCUUUUCAUUUUAUUUGUGGACAUCAAUAUCAUUAAAAUUGUAUUUAAAUGUAAAAUUGUUAUAAAUAUUGUAAAGAGAGGAGAAGAAAAGAAUAUGUAUGAGAUGCAAUUUAGAGAUUCAAAUGAUAUCAACUAAAUAUUAAGAAAUGUAGAAAGUAAAUGAGGAUAUGGAAAGAGUAAGAUAGAAAAUGUAAGAAACAAGUUCAAAAUUUGAUAUAAUUUCAAAAUAUAAGUGA